CGCCUGGUUAUCAGCUGUCGGCCGAGCGGCGCGCCGCGGCGGGCCGGUUCAGAGUUCAGAGCCCAGCGGGCGCCGCCGGCUCGGGCCGCUCCGCAGAGGGUGUUGCGCCGCCGGCAUGGGGGCACGUCGCGACGGCGCUCAGUGAGACAGCGGCCGGCGAUCGCGCGCGGACGGCCGGGCCGUGACCCGUGUGUACGUGGACACUAACCGUGAACUCAGCAGCCGCCACAGUGGAGUUCGUAGAUAUGGCAGACGUGUCGGGGGAGGAGAACUUUGACCCGAACCUGGAGCCGCAGCAGCGCUCCCGGGCCAACACGUGGCCCCUGCCCCGACCCGAGGACUAUGUUGAGAACCAGCACCCGCUGGAUGACCUGCCGGAGGCGUCCACUUGGGACAUUCAGCAGCAAAACUUCCACCAAAAUGCGGCACCGCCGCCACCGCCGCCACCCCCACCGCCACCACCGCCGCCGCCGCCUCCGCAGCAGCCGCCGCCACCUCCCCCGCAGCAGCAGCAGCAGCAGCAGCAGCAGCAGGCGGCGGCGCUGAUGCCGUCUCCUGGCCACAACGGCAGCGGCGGCGGCCUGUUGAUCUGUAAGACGGAGCCGGGCACCGUGCCGAUGGUCACCGACGCCGCCAAGCCCGCCUCCGAUUCCACGGCCGUGCUGCCCAAACCGAAAAACUCUAACCGGCGGAACGCCUGGGGGCCGCACAGCUACGCCGACCUGAUCACGCAGGCCAUCCUCUCGUCACCCGAGAAGAGGCUGACGCUGGCCCAGGUGUACGACUGGAUGGUGACCAACAUCCCCUGGUUCAAGGAUAAGGGUGACAGCACCAGCUCGGCAGGAUGGAAGAAUUCGAUCCGGCACAACCUGUCGCUACACAGCCGCUUCGUCAAGGUGCAGAACGAAGGCACCGGCAAGUCCUCUUGGUGGAUGAUCAACCCGGACGCCAAGACAGGCAAAUGCACGCGCCGGAGAGCCACGCUCGAGACCUCCAAGUACGAAAAGAAGCGGGGCCGCGCCAAGAAGAAGGUGGACGCGCUGCGCUCGGGCAUGGAGCACACGCCGUCGCCGUCCUCCUCGCUGGGUGACGGCCUGGACGUGCGGUUCCCGGAGAGUCCGCUGCACUCUGCGGGCGGCUACCUGGGCGCCCCGGGCGACUACCGGCAGCGCGCCGGCUCGACGGCCUCCUCGUGCGGCCGGCUGUCGCCGCUGGCCGCCUGGCCGUACCGACACCGGCUCGACUCGUACCAGCAGGAGCAGCUGGCCGAAUCCAUCGACGGCGGACUCAAGUUCGAGUCGGCCGUGCCGCUGGCCUACCGGGGCAUCAACGGUUACGGCAUGUACGGCGGCGGCGCGCCGGCCGGCGGACCCUUCUCCCCGGGCGGCCUGAUGGCGGGCCCGAGCGGCCGGCCGGCCGACCAGCCCGGCGACCACUAUAACGGCAUGCAGUCGGUGUCCCCGGCGGCCAGCGUCAGUAGCAUGUCUCCCAGUCAGACGGUGGAGCAGUACCACUCGGCGGCGGCAGCGGCAGCGGCGGCGGCCGAGGCGGCCGGUCUCUACCACAGCGGCCUGCCGGUCAGCAGCGGCGCACCGUUCGCCGGCUCGCCCAGCUACAGCUCGCCCGUCUCGUCGUUCGGCGCGUCGCCCUCGACGCUGUUCAGCUCGUCGUCGUCGUCGGGCGGCAGCUACACGCCGGGUGCCGGGUUCGGCGGCGGCGCGUUCGCCGAGCCGCCGCCGCCGCCGCCCGUCAGCAGCCAGGCGCAGCAGCCGCCCUCGGUGGGCGGGGGCAGUCUGCGCGCGCCGGGCCGCUCCGAGGAGGCGCAGACACCCUCCCAGCUCAUGUCGAACGUCAUGGGUCUGCUGCAGCAGAACAACAUGCCCGUCGACCUCGACCUGGAUACCUUCCAGGGCGGCUUCGACUGCGACGUGGACAACAUCAUCAAGCAGGAGCUCAGCAUGGAGGGCAACCUGGACUUCACGUUCAACCAGGCGGCGGCAGCGCAGGCGGCGGCGGCAGCGGCGGCGGCGCACCACCGGGGUCUCCCGGGUGAUGCGCGUCACCACGGCGCCGGCUACGUCAGCGGGCCCGGGCCGCGGCACUGGCAACACCUCAACCCGCCGCUGGUAGACUAGACAUUUUGUGAGUACCGACCCGAGGACGUAGUUCGCCUGCAUGUGCGCCGCAUGUCGCAGCCCGAUGGGCCCCCGGACUGCCCACCCGGCCGAACCUCGGCCAGCCGCUCCGGUCUGCGGGUGACAGAUGAAUGCGGCCGCAGGUCUGGAUCUGUGACCGUCAAAUAAUGGGUCUGUCCGGCUUCCCACGAGUGACAGGUCUGUCUUAUAGGGAGGUCCGCCCGGGAGGUCUUAUAGGGCGGGCUCCCAUUUUGUCCUCACUGUAUUGUGAGGAGCCGCCAGCAGCCCGCCGUCGCAUGUGGUCUCUAUUGCGAUUGAAGCACACUCCGUGGCCGAGAUAUGUUGUUGGGGUGCAUGUGAGGUAUUCUCUAUGUGAGUGGCAUGCACGAGUCGCCCGCUGACGCAGCGAGGCGCCGUCAUAUUGAGUGUCUGUGUUUUAAUUGGGAAGCCUGUGAGCUUUCGGAUGUUAUGUUUUAUCGCAGCUGCACUUCUUUGGUUUCUGUUUCGUGUUCUUCCGUAACGGCAUGCUCUCAAUCAAGAAGCAAAAGGCGUAAUAAACUGACAGCAUCUGUA